GGUUUUAAAUCAGGAGCAGUCAGUGAUGCUUCAUCACUCUACCUCGUUGGCACUCCUCGUGUACACGGUAAUGCCCCAAGAUGGAAACAGCACAGUGUGCCAGAUCUGCCAGUGCCCCAGGCCUUGCACUGUCAAGAUAAAUUCCUGCCACUCCUCCAAUAGUUGUUUAAACCCAGUUUAUACUGAUAUAAAUGGCUUUCCAGAGCUCGGUGUUGAAGAAUUAGGACAUUGAAGAGGCAGUAGCAAGAAAUAUCGAAUAAUAUCCUUGACUGCUAGGCUUUAGUUAUGAAAGGUACCAAAGAAAGCUCACAAUAAAAUCACAGGAGUAAGAAAAUCCAGAAAUCGUGAGCCAGUUAGUCCCUCAGGAAAGUUCACCAACACAACAGCACCAUCUGCUGCUAAAUGUGUGUUUGGUAACACCCACUGAGGGUGAGUUACAGCUUCCACUGUGCAGUUGGACAUUUCUAUAACCUUGUAGAGUUGGCAUAAAUGAAAAGUGACAUCCAGAAUCAUAGCUCUUAAGAGGGGUCUGUGUGCCUGGGGGCUGGAUUUACCUUCACCAUAAGGACUGAACUCCUUUGGUUACUGCGUGGUCCUUCCCCUGUGCUGUAAGGACUAAAUGGCGAGCAAAUGGACUGUUUGAUCGCUUGAGAGGAGGGACUCUGCUGAGGAUACCCGACAGAGUCCCUGUGGGGUAUCUCUGUCCUCCCAGACUCUUCCCUGAUAUGGAGCAAAGUGAAGGUGAACAGGAAUCCCAGCCAGAGAGUCACGUGGAGAGCAAGAGCAGCGUGAAGUCCUUGCCCGGGGGACCGGCCCAUGUCAAACUAGAGAUUAAAAAACAUGCAGUCACAGAUGACUACAAACUCUCCAAACGCGUGCUGGGGUUAGGAAUCAAUGGCAAAGUACUGGAGUGUUUCAACAAGCAGACAGGCCAGAAAUGUGCUUUGAAGCUCCUCUAUGACAACCCCAAAGCCCGUCAGGAAGUGGAGUAUCACUGGCGAGCGUCGGGGUGUCCUCACAUCGUCCACGUCCUGGAUGUUUAUGAGAAUAUACAUCAUGGGAAGAGGUGCCUCCUCAUUGUCAUGGAAUGCAUGGAGGGAGGAGAGCUGUUCAGCAGGAUCCAGGAGAGAGGAGAUCAAGCUUUCACUGAGAGAGAGGCCUCUGAAAUCAUGCGAGACAUCGGAACAGCCAUCCAGUACCUGCACUCCAUGAACAUUGCGCACAGGGACGUCAAGCCUGAAAAUUUGCUUUACACAUCCAAGGACAAGGAUCCUGUGCUCAAACUCACAGACUUCGGCUUUGCCAAAGAAACCUCUGUAGUGAAUGCACUGCAGACCCCCUGUUACACUCCUUACUAUGUGGCCCCAGAAGUCCUUGGUCCUGAGAAGUAUGACAAGUCAUGUGACAUGUGGUCAUUGGGUGUCAUCACAUAUAUUCUCCUGUGUGGGUUCCCUCCAUUCUACUCAAACACUGGUCAAGCCAUUUCUCCAGGGAUGAAGAGGAGAAUUCGGAUGGGGCAAUACGGGUUUCCCAAUCCAGAGUGGGCUGAAGUAUCAGAGGAAGCCAAACAACUGAUUCGCCAUUUACUGAAGACUGACCCCACAGAGAGGAUGACAGUGUCCCAGUUUAUGAAUCACCCUUGGAUUAAUAGAUCAAUGUCAGUGCCACCAACUCCUCUUCAUACUGCCCGGGUCCUGCAAGAGGAUAAAGACCACUGGGAUGAAGUUAAAGAGGAGAUGACCAGUGCUUUGGCUACCAUGAGGGUGGACUAUGAUCAGGUGAAAAUCAAGGACUUGAAAACGUCCAACAACCGCCUCCUGAACAAGCGCCGCAAGAAGCAGAAGCAGGCAGGCACCUCUUCUGCAGCCCCAGGGUGCAAUAACCAAUGAGCACAGAAGCCAAGGACCUGUGGGUGGAGGGGAAAAGUUACACAGAGCAAUUUAAAAACCUAUGAUCACCUCAGUCCAUACCACAAAGGCAAGGAGAUGGUGAAGAAGCCGUCCUGCAAAGAGGGAGCAGUGGGAAAGAUUGCUUUUUUAUUACUUGAAUCAGGGCUUUGCUUUUAAAGACUAAUGUAUAUGACGUGAUUCUGUUGCAUAUUGCUAGGGAAGGUUCAACAGUGCCAGAAAUGUUACAGGGUUUUGGUUUGGCUUUGACUAUGUGGGAUAAGAGGAGGGAACAGGAGGCAGCCUCAGCAUACUAAUGCACUGAGGCUUUAACAGCCAUUUACAAGAGUAAAUUCUGCUGCUGUUUUAAACUUGGGAAUAGAAGAAUGCCAAGUGUUCUACCAGGAGUGUUUUAGUAGUUUAGUAGAAUUGGUAGUAGUCCAUAUUUCCAAACUUACCUCCUGUAGUUACAGAAUAUCAUCUGAACAGUAAACAGUUAUUCUUGUUACAGGAAAAAGCAUCCAUGCAUUUCCAUUUUCAUAAAGCCUUCAUGUAGCCUCAUGUGAAGACUUGAGUUUGUCAUGGAUUUGUGUUUGAUGACAUGUAAGUUUUCUGGAUUGUAACCACUGUGUUGUGUCUUUGCCACUGUCAAACUCCUCUCCUGUAAUGUUUUGAAUUUAACUGGUACAAUAUGUGAAGAGUUUUAAUAAGGAUUUAAGCAGCUGAAAGUAUCCUGCAGAGAGUAUUGCUGUUCCUCUUGAAUCCACAACCUCCAGGGCGUGCAGCUGGACAUGCAAUUGUAUACAAGAGACUGCUCUAGAGGAAGGACUCCUGAAAUUCAGGAAGAAGUGCCAAAUGCAUGUUCUCUGAAUGGACCCUACCAGCAUCCCUUCUGGUAAUUAUCUCCAGAUCCUGUGCCUAAGAUGUGCUGAUCACAGCAAGUUUUGGGGUGCUGGGGUUGGUUUGUUUCCUGGGGUCAGGAACUUUAUUUGCUGUGUUUUGGUGGUGUUUCAGGAUCCAAAGGUUUUCACCACUUAAGGGAGAUUACCAAUAAGUACAUCUACCUGUUGGUUUUUUUCCUAUUCUAAUUAUUUUUUUUUAUGGGAACCUGGCCUUGGUUUGCUGAUAUGUUUUAUUUUGUGAUCAAAAUAUUUCCUCUCGCUGUAUUUUGAGUUUUGAUUUUGUUUUUUUAGUUGAGGUGAGGCAAAUAUUUAUGGAAGUGUUAUCAGAGUCUAGGAUGUAAAUGAUGUGCUUCCAGUGAUGCAGGCAAAAAGGACUUUGUGGUAGGCACACAGUGCUGGUGUGUUAACAGGCUUGGAAGAAUGUUAAAAGACAAAAAGGAAAACAAGGCUCCAGAGUGGAUCUGAAUUGUCCAAUCUGAGUGACACAGCAAAGCUCAGCUCGAGGCUUUGGACUUUGUCUGGGGAACCCAGUUCAGAGUGUUGGAUGAGAGCUCCAUUCUUCUUUGUGCACUGGUCCUAGGGUUUUGUAACGUGAUUUAUUAAAAUCAGUUUCUAACAUUCC